GUGUUGGGCGACGCCUUCAGCUCCUUUGGUGUUUCAAGAGGCAACACCUCUGGUUGGACCCAACCAUUGGGUGACAUUUAUGGGUCGAAUGGGCAUGGAGGGCCGAAGAAGCUGAGGAGCAGCCGAGGUGGAGCUAGAGUGACCCAAUCCAUGGGCGACGUCAAUAGAGAGAUUGGCUCCACUAGGGGCGGCGCAUGUAUGCUGGGACCAUUAGAUAAUGCUAGGCAUGCGCUGGGCAUGCCAGGCGGACGUUGUAGGUUGGGCACUAUUUGUGACGAUUUGGGCAGCCACAACGAUGAAAUUUCCCAAGGUGAGGUGGCCACUUAA